UUAUUUAUUAUUUAUUCGUGGUUAUUAUCUUGUUAAUUAUGUAAACUAACAUUGUUACAUUUAAAAAUAGUAUAUCUAUGUAUUAAUACCAAUAAAUACAAUUAUUCAUUAACGUAUAAAGAAUAAUGCGUUCUGUCAUGCACCCAGCAAUUUCUAAUAUGUGGCCAAGACACUUUUCCUACGCCCCUUUAAGACGUUUUUUAUGUAAAAAAUCUUGGAGCAACAAAGGAUUUUAUUCCAAUCCACUUUCAUAUUGUAGAAAUAUCGAAAUAAACAAAAUUUCACAACUGGGUAUCAUCGAAUUUUCUACAUGUGAACAAUUUCAAGCUAACAAUCAGUUAGCCAAUUUUUAUCACUCUGGGACACUUUUGAAAGGCCAAGAACCAUCUUCGAAAGUUGAAGAAGCAAUAAAAACAAUAAAAGAAGAAAAAGAAAAUCAAAAAGUCAACAGUUAUACAAUAACAGCCAUUACACAGGUACCUGGUAAAGCUAUUGAAAGCAAAAAAAAUCUCUGGCAAAAAAUCAAAGCAGAACUAUUACAUUACUAUCAUGGGUUCAGGUUACUAUACUUAGAUAUGAAAGUAUCAGGUAAACUCAUCUGCAGAAUUUUGCAAGGAUACGAGUUAAACAGAAGAGAACACAGAUUACUUAUCAAAACUACUGGUGAUAUGUUCAGGCUCAUUCCAUUUUCCGUUUUCAUCAUUGUUCCAUUUAUGGAAUUCUUACUCCCAUUAGCAAUCAAACUUUUUCCUGGAUUAUUGCCUUCUACUUUCCAAACAGCAAAUGAAAAAGAAGAUAAACUUAAACAAGCUUUGAAAGUAAAAAUUGAAAUGGCAAAGUUUUUACAAAAAACAUUAGAUGAAAUGGCUGUGCAGUCAUCAAAUAAUCACUCUGAAAGAGCUAAGGAAUUCGUAGAUUUUUUUUAUAAGCUUAGAACAACAGGUUCAGUGGCGUCAAAUGAAGAUAUAAUGAAAUUUAGUAAGCUAUUCGAGGAUGAGAUUACUCUUGAUUCUCUAUCUCGUCAACAAUUAAUUGCUCUAUGUAGGGUUCUGGAUGUCCAAACUCUUGGAACAACUAACUUUUUGAGAUUUUUGUUGAGAAUGAAAUUAAGAAGUCUUGCUGCAGAUGACAAAUUAAUUGAAAAAGAAGGAGUUGACACAUUGACUCGGACAGAACUACAACAAGCAUGUAGAGCUCGAGGCAUGCGAGCUUACGGAAUGCCAGAACAGAGAUUGCGAGAGCAGUUGUUACAAUGGCUUGACUUAAGCUUAUCAAAAAAAGUACCACCAUCAUUACUUCUUCUUUCAAGAGCUCUUAUGGUGCCAGAUACCAUACCUAUGUCAGACAAACUAAAAGCAACAAUAUCUGCCCUUCCUGACUCAGUUAUUGCUCGAACUAAAGGCGCGAUUGGAGAAAAGGAAGGCAAACUUGAUCAUGUAACUAAUAUCGAAAUCAUUAAAAUGGAAGAAAAAAAAAUAGAGGAGGAGAGAGAAGAAGAAAGAAAAAUUAAUCUAAGUACUGUAAAAAAAGGAAGUGAUAAUGAGGCAAAAUCAUUUGCAGCGUCUGAAAUUACAACAACAGAUGUCAAAGUAUUAGAACAAGCACUGGACUCUAUUGGAAAGUUGUUACACUACUGA